CGAAGGGGCCCUUCUAGGAGAGCGGAACAGUCUUAAUGGUUCCUAUGGUUGGUUUGCUGGGUCACGUGGCUAGGGAAGCUCCUCACGGAGGCGGAGGGGUUGGGAAAGCGGUGGGAGGGAAACUCUCCACUGAGAUUACGACAAAGACGAUGACGAGGGUUGUCAUGGUGCCUUGGGGUCUGAUUCACGCAUGCGCCACCUGACAGGCUGUGUUUGGUCCUGGAGUAGCGACCCCUGCCCCAGAUGGAAAGAGUACUGAUGAAUCUUCAUCCCGCAUAGUGAAAGUAUGGAAAGAAAAGACCCACCCAGAAGUAGCCCUAGAAGAUUAUUGGCUAAACUUGGCAAAGUUAUGGAAAGGAAACAAAUGGCUCAUCACUUCAACAUGGCGGCUGCUGACUCAGAUAAGGACUCUGGAUUUUCAGAUGGAAGCUCAGAGUGCUUAAGCUCUGCAGAGCAAAUGGACUCCGAGGAUAUGCUGAACACCCUAAGCUGGCAUGGAGAAGAUGGGCCUCGGCAGAACUCCACAAUAGCAAGUAAUUCCUUUCCUGCUCUGUCUCCAAUGGUUGUCAUGAAAAAUGUGUUGGUCAAACAGGGCAGAAAUUCAUCCCAUCUCCAGUCUUGGACUGUCCAGCCCUCUUUUGAAGUGAUUUCAACUCAGCCACAGCUAGUAUUCCUUCAUCCAUCUGUGCCACCUCCUGUUAGUCCAUACCUAGCUGGUGAGAAGAAAAAUGACUCCAGGAAUUACUUGCCUAUUCUAAACUCUUACACCAAAAUAGCUCCACAUCCAGGCAAGAGGGGCCUUGCCCUCAACCCAGAGGAAAGAGGAGAAACUAGUAUGCAGAAACGGGUCUGUACAGAGAGACACAGGACAAGUUUGUCUUCCACUGGGCCAACCAAGACUAGUAUUUUGCCAUCUGAUCCUUCUACUCCAGUGCCACCCAGCACAAAACUUGCUCAGGAUUCAGUUCGGCAGAGUUUGUCCUCUUUGGUGGCAAGUAGAAGUUUACGGACUGUUCCUGAUAGUCAAGAAGUACUGAGUAGCACUAUGGCUAAAGCCCCAAAUUUAACCUUUGCUUCCCCUGCUAGUCCCCUUGGUUCAUCGGAUAGUACUUUGCAUGGGUUAGAGAGUCCCAUGCCACUUUCGAUGUUAUCAGCUCCUUACAGCCCACCUGGAGCAGGAGACCAGCUCUGCCACUCUCCAGAAACCUUCCUAGAGCAACGGCAGAGCAAGCAUAGGCGCUUCCGGAACACCUUGGUGAUCUUGCACAGAUCUGGAUUGUUGGAGAUCACUUUGAAAACCAAGGAGUUGAUUCGUCAGAACCAGGCAACUCAAAUUGAACUGGAUCGUCUGAAAGAGCAAACCCAGCUCUUGAUGGAGGCCACCAAGGGCAAUGCUCCUCAGGCUUGGGCCAAAUUACAAGCGUCUUUAACAUCUGUGUCUAAUCCAACUGGAAGUCACUUUGAGACUUUAUCUGCUCAUACAAACAUAUAGUAUAGGAACCAUAUUUUACCAUCAUUUGAGUGAUUCUAGUACUUCUUACUGAUAUUUGCUUCUGUCCCCCAUAGCUUCUAGAGAAGCCUUAUCUUUGUUUAAUAGUUUCAGAACAUGGUUUAAAGACUCACUUGUGUGAGUAACCUACCAUUAAUUGGCUCUUGUUGCUAGUGUGUGCACUAUGCCCAUGGUAUGUCAUAACUUCAACAGGAAUCUCAGGUUGGAGAUAUCCCUGGAUCCUAUGUGGAUUGAGUGGUAAGAAUAAGGGGUCCACACAGUGGGAAAAGAGGAUGGAUUAUUCUGAACUUUCCUAGCAAUUACCUGCUCAUCAUCCCAUUUGUUAAACAGGCUUACAGAUGCAUAGACAUGAGAAACACACACACAGAAUGGGUCUUGUGGCAUAUGUAAGACCAGAGAGAGGGAACCCAAGUGGUUCUUAUGGAUCUUUACUCACCGAGUUCCAGUUAUUGCCACGUUUCACAGAUAUAAUGCCACUUGAUCCAAACCUGAAAUUCCUUUGGCACAAGUUUGGCAUACUGUGCAAAGCAGCCUAACCACUUAAGAUUUAAUUUUCUUAAACUUGAGAACUGAGGUGAAAGUGUAAUAGCAUUAGACUAAUAUUAGCUACAGAUUUACUUACAAACCAGAUUACUCUGCAUUAAGGCCUUACAACUAAGCAAAAUAAUUUAAGACUUCUGAAGUGUGUAGUGGAUUACAUAACAUCUAGAAUCCUCUAAUAAGAACCUAUCAGUGUUGUUUUUGAUGAAUUGACUGUUUGCUUGGUAGCCUGGAGAAAGUUACCAAGACUUGUACAUUUUGUUUGUAUCUGUCUAAUUCAAGCAGCUCUGCUUUUAUCCCUCUUUAGCUCUGAGGUAACCGGGCCUUUAUCAAGUUUAAAAAUUGUCAUGUCAAUUUGAGGGGAUACCUAAAGUGAAGUCAACCCUGUGCUUCCCAUACUUCCUGAAGGUUGAAGAAAAUUAAAGAGAGACUUUUUAUGGGGCAUACCUUGAAAUUCAGUAAAAUUCUCCUGAGAUUGUGAGCUUUUCAGGCUUAUCACUUUCCCCUCAAAUCCUAAAACUUGAAUUGGCUUCCAGUAUUAGAGAGAGACUGAUUAUAUUAUAGCAUCUUCCAUCAUCUGUUUCAGUUUGCUGAAGCUGUCCUAGAGACUUAGAAGCUGAUCCAAGUUCAUAUGAAAAGGAAGAAUAUGAUCAGGUUUUCUAGGCUUGAUAAAAGUGUGAUGUUUUUCAGUUGGCAAAGAAGGGUAAAAUAGGUUUUUAGGUGACAAAGUCUUAGUCCCAGGAAACUUUUUAAUCUUUUGAUCUAAAUAUCUCAUCAUCUUGAGGCCUAUCUCUGUGUGUAGGAAAUAAUUUUAAUUAUGCAGACAGCAGAGAAAGAUUUCAGCUUUUCAACAAAAAGGAAGUUUACAGAAGAUUCUUUAUCUUAAAGGCAUAAUUAAUAUACAACAGAAAAUUCCAUUCAUGGGUCCCAGCAAAAGGACCCAUACCCCUCUCCUUUUUGGCAUUCAGAAAUUAGGAUUUUGAAACAAUUAAUUUAAAAAGAAUACUGCAACAGAUGAAUUAAAAAUUCUUAUUAUCCAUAUCUAGUUUUACCUUUAAUCAGUGUAAAAUUUUUACCUGCCUUGUGUUUUCUGGAGGAAGCGAAGUCAAGAGCAAGUUAUGGCAUUGAAUAAAGUCUCCCAUCCUUUGACACUCCUCUCUUGGCCUGACUUGCUUACUUCCUCUAAAUCUGUUUGUAUGGUACUAGAGUAGUGGCACACUGUGCGCCCUGCUAAGAAACUUCCUUUUGGCAGUUAAAUUUGGCAUUGACGCUAUAGAGCCAGGUGCAUUGGGGAACAGCCUGGGCACCACUUAUGAGCCUUACUGUUUGGCAAAACUGAAAACACUUACUGGGAACCAAAUUUAUUUCAUCAGAAAAAUUCUCCAUGGGGCUGUAAGCUUCUUAGAUUCUUCUUCCCAGGUUAAGGUUUGCAUUUUGCUUGGUGUCAUAGCAAAAGAUGAUGAUACCUAUCAUCAAUCCUUACUACUAAAUGGAAAUAAGAAGCAUGAUUCAGGAAAAUCUUUCUAUUCUAGACAUCUCAAAGCUGGAAGCCUUGUUACAAUUUUGUAUAGCAUAGGUUUUUCUCUCUUUUAUGAAACUGUAAGUAGCUAGAUCUGAGUAGAGAAUCUAGGCUUGGGAAGGUGGAGGGAACAGACUGGAACAGAAGCCAUAUCUGCAUAUGGGAAAACAACUCUUGGGCUGAUCAGGAAGACAUCUACUCCACUGAUUGGACAAGACUGUAAGUAGCAUUGGUCUUGUAGAUGCAUAGUUGGGCUAAUAUAUAAUCCCAUGAAACAGCAAACAUUUUCUGCAAGUGAUAAGCCAAUCUUGACAUAGAUUUUAUGCUAAAGGGAUCUUAGGUGUAUUUUCAGCCCAUAGAAUUUUAGCUGUUACUAUGAACAACAUAGGAAAUGCUUCUAGAAAAAAAAUGGUGUUGGAUUAAAUUGGUUGUGGAAAUGAAGUCAAUGAAGUUUGUAAUUGAUAACAUUUUAAUUUCUUUUUUUUUCCUAAUCGUAGUAUUGACGUAUGAUUCUCCUUCUCCCAAUUUCAUGUUACCUAUAGCUGGAAUAGAACUGUUGUGCAUACAUUAACAUGAACAGCUGUGAAUUCUGUAGGGUAGAAAUUGAUCUACCAAAUGUCUUUUGGAGGAAGGAUGCAAUUUUGCAGAAAUUGACUUGACUGUGAAAUUUGAAAGAGAAAUAAAAGUCACCUACUUGAAAAA